UGAAUCUCCCAAUUUCAUCAGAGUUGUUAGCCGAUUGUUUCCUUCUUUUCAGAUUGUUUGUGUCAAGUGUGGCAACAAUGAGCAGUUCCGAGAAUGAGGUUUACAGCAGCUUGGGAGGAACUUCAACUUAUUUGGAUGAAGUACCUUUUAAAAUUUCCCAGAAGUUCCAGAUUGUUGUUUCGGAAGAAAUCAACCCAGUCUCUCCUCUACCAUAUCUCCAUGUGCCUGAUCACUCUGAGAUAUUGAUGCAAACACAGUAUGAUUUUACUCUGGAAAAGGAGAUUUUGGAAUGGCUGCGAGACUGUUCCCUAAGAGAACCUCCAAGGCUUAUACCAACAUGUCCACCAUUUUGGCUUGCAUUUUCUGAUAUUGAUGGAGAGGAUACAGAUGACAUGAAUAAUGACACUCACAAUACAAAAGUUCAAAAGGAUCAUAUGAUUUUGCAAAGCAGGAGGUUCAAGAGUUUCAGUGUGACAGACAUUAAAUAUAUUCGCUCGAGGGUUGUGUAUCAGUCAGACACAGAAAGCGAUGAUGGGUACUCGGAGGAUGAUGAACUCUCAUCAUCUGAUGAAAAUGAAAAGCAGAAGCUUCCUUCUGUGCCACUUCUCAGGAGCAAAUUUAAUCUUCAUUCCAGAUUCCUAGAUAAAAGACCGGCUUCCUCCCCUUUCUGUUCAGAGAGCUCUUCCAGAAGUCGACACUGUGAGAGAUGUUUCAGUGCUAGCUUAACUAGACUCCCUCACAUGUCUGGCCGUAGGCCAUCACCUCUUUGCAACAAUCCUGAUGGUGAGGAAGACAUUAGGAAGCAAGGAUCAAACUUAUCGCAGGGAUAUAUACCAAGAAAGCUUCGUAGAAAAUCUCUCUGUCAGCACCAGAACAAUAGAAACAUCAAGAAUCUGAACUCAGAACAAAUUGCUAUUGGAAGUCUACCAUUAUCCUCUGCCCGAUGUCACUUGGAAAGGUCUUUCCUGAUUAGAGCAAGAACUCCACUCAGAAAACACAAGCCACCAUUCCCGGCCCUCAGUAACCAUUCCUGCUUUCCAGCUCCUCCGUCAACUCCAAGACCUUUAUAUUCCCACAAAACUCUCCCAGACUCUACUGCUGACCUACUAUUGGCACUGAGUCAAAAAGAGCAGGACCUCAUUCAGCCAGUGAUGAAACAGGGAUAUCCAAUAAGCAGAGUGAUUUGGGCUAUCCAGAAUGUUGGACAACAAAGCACGAAACAGAUCCUCAAGUACCUGAGUGCCUGGGACCGUCUCUGUAAGGAGGGCUAUGAGAAGAGACUAGUGGAAGAAGCCAUGGAGAUAUUUCAGAAUUCAGAGGAAAAGGCAGCAGAGUUCUUGACCUUAAUGACACAAUUUGACGAGAUGGGUUUCCAGCAUGAAGAUAUUAAGGAAGUUCUUCUCAUCCACAACAAUCACCGGGAAAAGGCACUGGAGGAACUUAUGACACGCGCCCGAUAGUAGAUAAAGCUUCUAUAUUUGGUAUUGUGCAAUUAAGUAGUCUAAUCCUAAAUCUCCUGGAUAUGGCAUUUGUUUAUUCUUAUCCUUUAUGCAGUCUUUAAAAAUGGAUCUACCCUUAUUGAAAGCACAUUAUAUAUCUGUACAAGGUAAAGCCAUUUUUAAUAUAUAAAGUAAUUUAUCCAGUAUUUGAAAUACAGCAAUGCUCCCCAUCCCAUUCUGUGUUUAUACUGCUUAUGUAGUAAGGAGAAUAAUCUGGUUCAGUUAAUUGUUAUUUUAAGUGUUUAUUUGAAAGUAUGUUUAAUUAGAGAAAAUUGAGGUUCUUCUAGGACGGGAGUCAGACCGUUAAGCUGACAACACAAAGACAGUGUUGGAGUUCAGAGUGAGAACUGGGUGUUUUCGACAUUGUGUCCUUGCGCAUUAUAGACUAAGGGCAGCAUGUAAAUGAGAAGGAAGAGGGGAUGAAAAAUAAAUCCCUGGGGAACUCCUGAGGUGAGGGGAAGAAAAGCCAUUGGAGGAAAUUCUCUGGCUAUGACUGGAUGAGUGAGAGGCCUGCCUCCUAGCUGGGCUUAGCUUUAGAAAUAAGGCAGAAACCAGGAGCACAGCUGCAGGCCUAUCCUUAAAUCGGAUUCUGCUGGAUUGGG